AUGGCGUGUUGCUGUAAACCUGGUCAAUCCAAUAAAUCUUCAGUCAGUUGCUUAGGAAGAUGUGAUCUACCGAAACAUCGCUGCUUGCGAAAGGGAGAAGUAAAACCAGGACCAAUCCCAAAGCAUAUGGGAUGGCUUUAUACGGCAAAAGAUGCACCUGAACAUCAGUUACGAUGCGGCUGGCGCCCUGGACAUAUAGCUUGUCCAGUACUCAGAAAAAUAGAGCAGCACAAUUGUAUGAAAGCUAGCGACUGUACUCCAUGCUCAUCUACAUGCGCAAAGCCUUGUACGAAGCCAUGUUGUAACCCACCCAAGUGUUUAGCAGUUUGCCCUUCAUCCACAUCUUGGUGCAAACCAACUUGCACAACUCAACCACAAAUAAGGAUCAUACGACAUGGAGGCCAAUACCGAAUAUGCACAAAACCUUCAAACAUAAGCAAUGCACCGUCUGGGCCUUAUCCACUAAAAUAUGUGUUAAAUGCAGGCGACGACGAUAAUACUAAAAACGCUAAAUAUAGUAUAGAAGCUAAAUUUAAUGAUUAUCAUUUUGAUUACACAAGUUCUCAAACUUCUUUCGUCAUAGACUUUUCACCUCCAGAACCAAAAUGUUUUAAGCCAUGUUCAAAGAACAGUGCAACAUGUAUGACAUGCCAAUCAGAAAGUAACAAAAGAAAAGAUCCUUCCAGGAAAUGU